AUCCACUUCUCUCGCCUUGCUCUCCUUGAGAAUCAGGUGCACCUGCGGCCCCGAGACAUGUCCUGCUACAACCAGUGCCUGCCAUGCCAGCCCUGUGGCCCGACCCCGCUGGCCAACAGCUGCAAUGAGCCCUGUGUCAGGCAGUGCCAGGACUCCACCGUCGUCAUCCAGCCCUCCCCCGUGGUGGUCACCCUGCCCGGCCCCAUCCUCAGCUCCUUCCCACAGAGCACCGCCGUGGGAUCCUCCACCUCCGCUGCCGUUGGCAGCAUCCUCAGCUCUGAGGGAGUGCCCAUCUCCUCCGGGGGCUUUGGCUUCUCCGGCUUGGGCGGCAGCCUCUGCGGCAGGAGGUGUCUCCCCUGCUAA